AUGCACAACGCGUCUAAAUUCGCUGCUAACAUGGACGACUACCUAAUGCGUUUGGGGCUAUGUCGUAAAAGUGUUGUCAGAGACAGUUCCUGUUUAUUUCGCAUAAUAUCAGAACAGAUUUAUUUUACUCAAGCUUUACAUGGGACAGUACAGAAGAAAUGUUUAGAAUAUUUAUGUAAUCACAGAGAUGAGUUAUUGAAUGAACCUCCGAUACACUGUGAAAUGAUGGCAUUAUCAAAAAUUUACAAAAUUGAUAUUCUAAUAUUUCAAAGUCCAGAUGAAAAACCAGUAGAUGUAACACGUAAUGGUUACUCUAAAUUAGUUCUUCUUUGUCAUGUUGAUGGUAUCCAUUAUGAUAUGGUUUAUACGCAAUCACAUAUUCAUGGCUUGGCCAUCUCCCAAUCUAUAAUAUAUGAAGUGUUAUACAGAGGUGUAUUUGAAUUAGACUCAGAACUUGAUGAAGCUGUUAAUUUUUUAAGACAACAAAAGAAAACUUCACGAGAAAACAGUCUCAAUGAAAGUGAUCAUAAUUUAUCUUGCACAUCCAGCUCCUCACCUUCAUUAGAAUACGAGUUAUCACAGAAGAUCACUCUUAGAUUAACACCACCCUUACCAUAUAGAAUAGCCAAAGCUUUAGAUUCAACUUUGUACAGAAACGUAGCUAAAGAUAUAGUGGAAGAGGAGAAAAGAGAGAAACCCAAUGGAAAAUCAGAAAAUUCAAAAUAUUUAGUAGGAGUUAUUGCCUUUGCUAUUUAA